UUUGUUUCCACCAGGAAAACGCACGUAUCGUUUUCUUCUUCUUCUACCUAUUCUUAUUCUUCAGUGUCUCUUAAACCCAAAAACUCGCCCAAUUGCUCGAAAAUAAAAAUAAAAUGAUUCAAUAAUGGUUCUCUUCAGGUUCCUUAAAACAGCACUCGUCAACAACAACAACACCACCAAAAGCAAAGCUCGAACGUUUCUCACCUCAACAACCAUCUUCCCAUUCUCCCCAUUGUACGCACCUUACCGCUCCCAAUCUAAUAACGGAUUCAGAUUCAGAUUCCUCUCUCCCUUUCAUCGCCGCUCUUGCCCUCUCUUCCUCACUUGGCCCCCAUGGAAACUCUCUCAGUCCGCCACCCCUCUCUAUCUGCAGGGAAACGUCGUCGUUUUUCCCAAGGUUCACCCAUUCAAUUUGCUUCGCCGCCCCACAACCCCUCCUUUACCUAUCCAUUUGUUGGAUCGCGUUGACUCUGAUUCCAAUAAUUCUUCCCGUAACGCUCUUUUCCACAGCUUCGUCAAUCUUCCCAAUUUCAUAUCGUUUGCAAGAUUAAUUUCCGGUCCUUUUCUUGGAUGUAUGAUCACGAACGAGUUGUAUACUCCUGCAAUCAUAGGUUUGGCCAUCUCUGGUGCGACUGAUUGGCUGGAUGGAUACGUGGCUAGGAAGAUGAAGAUCGAUUCUGUAGUGGGUUCCUACCUUGAUCCCCUUGCUGACAAGGUUCUUAUUGGUUGUGUUGCUCUUGCAAUGGUGCAUAAUGAUCUGCUGCAUCCCGGACUUGUUGGUCUCGUUGUGUUCCGAGAUGUCUUCCUCGUUGGCGGUGCAGUAUUUUUAAGAGCAAGUAGCUUGGGUUGGAAGUGGAAAAGCUGGUUUGAUUUUUUAAACGUUGAUGGGACCUGCCGUCAAAAGGUUGAACCACUCUUUAUUAGCAAGGUGAAUACAGUGUUCCAAUUAGUAUUAGUUGCUGCAGCUCUUCUUCAACCAGAGUUUGGAACCCAAGAAACUCAAACAUAUAUUACGUAUUUGAGCUAUUUAGUGGCUUCAACAACAAUGGCUUCUACUGCAGCAUAUGGAGCAAAAUAUUUUAGGAGAUCUACAGUAUUAUCAAACUCGGCCUAGUUGAGUUUCCUUUGAGAUGCAGAGGGAUGUUAGAUGGGCACGAGCAAGCGUGCAAAGUAAAAUAUGGUUUUAUUAUACGAAUUUUGUUUUAAAAGAUUAGCAUAUGAGUAAAACAUCCAAAUUAAGAGUGUUUUCAAAGAUUGCUUGUAAGAAGUGACUGGCAAAUGUUUAUCACAAGAAAAACAACCAAGUUAAGAGUUGAAGACAUUCACGAGAGAUC